GUUGUUCAGAGGUCUCAUUGUCGUCGCCGCCGCCGCCGCCGCCGCCGCCGCCGCCGUCGUCAUCGUCGUCGAUUUGGCCGUUUCGCGUCUCUUCAUUCCAAAAGGUGCAGAUGAUUGAUGAUCAAGACCUGGGAUUUUUCGCCAAUUUUCUGGGCAUUUUCACUGUUGCUCUGGUAAUUGCAUACCACUAUGUGAUGACCGAUCCAAAAUCUGAAGCAAACUGAAAGCCAAGGUAUUACUUGAACAGUCAUGUGCAGGGAUAAUAAUACAUAGGAAUCUAGAUGACACUAUUUAGCUUUGUUAUCAUAAUAAAUUCUAGUAGAAGUCAUUUUCCAUCACUCAUUUCUGGUCUGCCUCUUUUCUUCAGUCAUCAAUUUGGUUCAAAGAAUGAUUGGAAACAUAACAACUAACGUUGGACUGAAUGGUGUGAUACCAUUCUUGAAAGAACCUGAUGCAUUUCCCUCUUCAUUUCCUUGUCCGUAACGCCAGUGGCAAUAAUUGAGAUUGUUGAAUGCUGAUUGUUAGUACUUGGCACCACCAUUCGGAAUUGUCCCUUAUGCUUUGGACUGUUGUUGUACUUGGCUAAAUCUCUUGUGCGCACACAAUUCUUUGCCUUUUUCUGACCACUCUCAUUUUUCUCCCUUUCCCUUUACUGAGCAAAAGAUAUCACGUGAAUUUAUAAGCUCUAAAGGUGUUGUUCCAUAUGAAGUAUGUUCGUGCAAGCUCAAGCUUGAGCAUGAAUUCAAACAUACUCGCAAUUUUACUCAUGUUAAGCACAAACUUGCAAAAGUUUUGAUGUCCAUAAAAUGUCGAAAAAUCAAAUCAAUUUAGCUUGAUAAUUUUGGAAAAUGUUUAACUAAAUGUCACAAGUAAUU